AUGAGGAGCAGCCUGACCCUGGUGGGGACCCUCUGGGCCUUCCUGUCCCUUGUUACCGCUGUGGCCAGUUCUACCAGUUACUUCCUGCCAUACUGGCUCUUUGGAUCCCAGCUGGGGAAGCCAGUGUCAUUCAGCACAUUCCGGAGGUGCAACUACCCUGUGCGGGGAGAGGGGCACAGUCUGAUCAUGGUGGAAGAGUGUGGGCGCUAUGCCAGCUUCAGUGCCAUCCCAAGCCUGGCCUGGCAGAUGUGCACGGUGGUGACAGGUGCCGGCUGUGCUCUGCUGCUCCUGGUGGCACUGGCUGCUGUCCUGGGCUGCUGCAUGGAGGAGCUCAUCUCCAGGAUGAUGGGACGUUGCAUGGGAGCAGCGCAGUUUGUGGGAGGGCUGCUGAUAAGCUCAGGCUGCGCAUUAUACCCCUUAGGAUGGAAUAGCCCGGAGAUAAUGCAAACAUGUGGGAAUGUCUCCAAUCAAUUUCAGUUAGGUACCUGUCGGCUUGGCUGGGCCUAUUACUGUGCUGGAGGUGGAGCAGCUGCAGCCAUGUUGAUCUGUACCUGGCUCUCUUGCUUUGCUGGAAGAAACCCCAAGCCUGUCAUGUUGGUGGAGAGCAUCAUGAGGAAUACCAAUUCUUAUGCCAUGGAGCUUGACCACUGCCUCAAGCCUUGA